UCAAAGAAAUCGCUUGUCUUCUGUUCACUGCAAUGCGAAAUGUUACCACGGGGAGCGCCAGCAUCGCUGGAGCGUUCUGUCAUCUUUUGUGUUUGUAAACAUGGCAGCUAGAUACAAUUGGUGUGUGGCGUCAACCACAAAAUUAAUUGAAAUGUACGAAGCGGAUGAGGCGCUUUAUAAUGUGAGGCACCCUGAAUAUAAAAAUAGAUUAAGAAGAUUGGAGAGAUACAAAAACAUAGCAGAUAUUAUUAGCCGUGACAUUCGGCCAGGAUGUACGGCAGAAGAUAUAAAGAGGAAGAUCAAUGGCCUCCGUACUAGCUACUCGUACGAGAAAGCAAAAAUGAAUAAAAGCAAAAGUGGAGCCAGUGCGCAGGCGGCAUAUACACCACAAGUAUACUGGUUUCAGAUGUUGAAAUUUCUUGACCAGUCUACAGAGGCCGACGAGAGUCUGUGCAAUUUGGAUAGCACAGAAAGUGAAACUGGAAGUGAACGUGCCACACCGACGUUUGAGGAAAUGUGUGCGCAUGAGAUCCAAGAGCCUGUCGCAUGUAGCGAGGCACAGCCACAGCCCCUGCGUCAAGAGCGGCCUCCCACAAAAAGGAGGAAAGUCACGCAAGACGUGGCAGCUAACGUCAUGGAGGAGGCCAGCAGGACACUACAGGCUAUGGCUGAUGCUGCCAGAACCAUGCCUGUCCAUGAAGACCGCUACAGCACCCUGGGCGCCCACAUCGCAGCAGAGCUGCGUGAAAUGGAAAGGGUGGGCGGCAGGGAAUACACCACUGCCACAAUGCACAGUCUGCAGCGGACAUUAAUGGACAGGUGGGAUUUGCUGCAUGCGACAGCCCGUGCACAACCGUCCACCUCUGGAUAUAUCCAGGUUGCCUUGCAGCAGGCUGGAAUCGAGGAUGAAGACUCCAUUCCAUAAAUAUAUGUGUGUAUAAUUUUUGUACAUCCUGGCCGAAUGUCACGGCUAAUAAUAUCUGCUAUGUUUUUGUAUCUCUCCAAUCUUCUUAAUCAAUUUUUAUA